AUGUGACAGUUUUGUUUUUCCAGCAUUAUUGCUAUUUUGUUGUGUAAAUCAGAGUGAUGUUUGAAGUGUGUCUUGACUGUCUUGUUUCUUUUUGUAGGAAAUUUGGGGAGCUCCCUCAGCCAAAACGUUUAACAAAAGAGGCAAUGCGCAACUACUUGAAGGAGAGAGGAGAUCAGACAGUACUCAUACUGCAUGCAAAAGUCGCACAAAAAUCAUACGGCAAUGAAAAAAGAUUCUUCUGUCCUCCACCAUGUGUGUACCUGAUGGGUUGUGGCUGGAAGAAAAAGAAGGAGCAGAUGGAGAGAGAGGGCUGCUCGGAGCAGGAGUCUCAGCCUUGUGCCUUUAUCGGCAUUGGAAACAGUGAACAAGAGAUGCAGCAGCUCAACUUGGAGGGCAAGAAUUUUUGCACAGCAAAAACGUUGUACAUUUCUGACUCGGACAAACGGAAGCACUUCAUGCUUACAGUGAAAAUGUUCUACGGGAACAGUGCGGAUAUCGGUGUCUUCCUCAGCAAACGAAUCAAGGUCAUCUCCAAACCUUCCAAAAAGAAACAGUCGCUGAAGAAUGCAGACCUGUGCAUAGCUUCUGGGACGAAGGUGGCUCUUUUUAACCGCUUGCGGUCUCAGACUGUCAGUACGCGGUACCUUCAUGUGGAAGGGGGAAACUUCCAUGCUAGUUCACAACAGUGGGGAGCCUUCUACAUUCAUCUAUUGGAUGAUGAUGAGUCAGAGGGAGAAGAGUUUACAGUCAGAGACGGUUAUAUCCAUUACGGUCAGACGGUGAAGCUGGUGUGCUCUGUGACAGGCAUGGCUCUUCCACGACUGAUCAUUCGUAAAGUGGACAAGCAGACAGCGCUAAUGGAUGCUGACGAUCCUGUGUCCCAACUACAUAAAUGUUCCUUCUACCUUAAAGAUACAGAGAGGAUGUACCUCUGCCUGUCACAAGAGAGGAUAAUUCAGUUCCAGGCCACAUCCUGUCCCAAAGAAACAAACAAAGAAAUGAUCAACGAUGGGGCGUCAUGGACAAUCAUCAGCACAGAGAAAGAGUGUGGCGAAAGUGUGCUCUGCGUGGUUCCCGACAUUUCUGCGUUCCGUGAGGGGUGGCGUUGGGUUCGGCAGCCAGUGCAGGUUCCUGUGACCUUGGUCCGUAAUGAUGGCAUCAUCUACUCCACAGCUUUGACAUUUACCUACACGCCGGAGCCAGGACCGCGUCCUCACUGCGGCGCCGCGGGAGCCAUACUGCGGGCCAACAGCAACUCCUCCACCUCACCAUCUUCAUCCUCCAGCCUACUGCUGCAGUCAGCCAUCGACAGCCAGGCAGGAUACGUGGCAACAGGCGUGUCUUCAUCCUCCUCUUCCUCGGCUAUGUCUGUCUCCUAACCUUGGAAUCUCAAUGUGCGUUUGCAUGUGUGAGUAAGUGAGCCUUUGUGAGAGAUGGUGAUUCGUCCACACAUAGACUUUCCUUGAUUCAUGGGAUACAGAUCACGAAAACAGAUAACGGUGCGACAGAGAGAGAAUAAUGAGAGACAAGACUUCACACAAAGACUGGACAAAACAAAUGAAGAUGUCUCUUUUCUGUUCUCUCUCUCUGUCUCUCUCUUUGUUGCGGUUCUUUUUCAAUCUGUUUCCUCAUGUCAGAGGAAGUGGCAACAGAAGUGAUGUGUGCCGUGGAUCAAGAUGCCACAGGAUCAAUGCAUAAGCCUUACAUGAAAACAAAAAAAACAAUCAAAAAAAAAAAAAUACUGUCUCUUCAAAACAAAGCCUUUUCGAAGUAAGUGCAAGCUGGAAAUUGCUUUGAGAGAUGUUGUUUUCUACUAAAGGGCUUAAUGCACUGUUUCGCCAGGCUUGGAAGAAAAGUUAUAGUAAUAUAGUUUUUACGGACCAAGGAAUAUUAUUAUUAUUAUAAUUUUUAUUGAUAUAUAAUUUUAUAAGCUUUAGCUAAGGUACAUUUUUCACCUUUUUCAGUUUUAUAACAUAUAGUAAACUUUUGUUACCAAAUAGUUUUGUAUAUUUCUUGUGAGUGUUUGGGCUCAGAAGGAAAUGGUUCACGCAUUUUAAAAGCCUGAACUUAUAGCUGCCUUUACUCGUCUUGGCAAAUGCCUUAAGUCUUCUGGAGUUUCACCAGACACUUUCUCUUUUGUAAUAAUAUUUUCAUGUCAUGUAUAUUGGUCUUUUUCCCAUUCUUUUUUUUUUUUUUUCUCCACUAAACCGAGAUGUAAUAUUGAUGCCGUUUUUGUGUAUUUGGGAGAAGGUGACUUCUGAUUUGUUAAAAAUGUUUUCUCAUAUGAAGUCUUUAACACAAAAGCUUUAACUGACUUGGCCGUGUGUGCCCCAUCGUACUCAUCAGAUACACAUAGCCAUUGAUCUGGCCCUUUUUCAUUGGUUAUAGAUAUUCAAGCUGCCAACAUAACAGUAACCUAUAAAGUAUCCCACACCAAAUGGCUUAUAUUUAGUUGAACAUAAGCGCAAAAAUUCUUUUAAUAGGUCUGCGAUUUCGAAUUAAUUGGUUGACUCAAAUCCUGUGGUAGGAAAGGACUGUACUAGUCUCAUUUGCAUAUCAUUCAUGCUUUCAUUGUCAUGAUUACUGUUAGUAUCAGACUAAAAUCAGCAUGUAGGAAAAUUGCUGCUUUGUUGUCAUGUGGUUUAACCAUAUAGAGAAGGAAGUGUAGUGAUUCUGUAAGUGCAGUCAGGUUACAAGUAGCAUGCAUGAAUGAAAGUUUGAAUUAUCUCAGUGUUUUUAGAUGUCAAUCUAAGAUCUCAGUGUCAAUUUAGGGUCAGAUUUACUAACAGCUUGCACCAGUGCAAACCCUCUUUUGGCGUUAAGAGGCUACUGUCAGAAUUGACUGAAGACAGUGAAAAAUUAGUGAUGAAAAGGCAUGGAUACGGUUAUUUUUGUGGCUGAUCUUAUUGCAUAUUAAUUUGUAGGAGUUUCCCUUUUAGACAAAAUUUGUGAGGAGAGUGUUUAAAUGAAUCAUGCAAUGAGAUUUACUAAGGUUUGCAGUAGUCAGUUUAUUGGUAUUUGCGCCAUUAUUUAAUAUGCACAAAAAAAGUCAUGUCUUAACCCAUUUUGCACUUGACAUGCCUGCGAUAGUUGCUAAUUUGUGCUCCUCUUGGUAGAUUGCGUUGGUCAUUGGAAACGAUCAGGCUGCGUCUGUAUACAUUAAUUUGCACAUUGUCAGUAGAUCACCCGCAAAGCGUUCCACUCCUAUCAACGUUUUUACCUUUUUAUGGGAUUGUGGUCUCACGCUAAUAUGCCCCGUUCAGUAAAUCUGGCCCUUAGUGGGUGGCCUGACCAGCUAGUUCACUAAUCAGUCUUAUAGUUAGUUGAAUAUUUUUAAUUAAACAUGGCAUCUUAAAAACAACACUUACCACUGAGAUGCUCAAAUGGAUGUUUGAAUGUGUAAUGGUUGUACUAAAAAUCUAGAUAAACUAGUCAACCUCACUAAUUGACUAGCUUGUUUUUGGACCCAUCCCUGCUUGUAGUCAACUAGCUUAGCAGUGUCAAGCUGAAUGGAAAGAACCGGAAAAAAGCACUUGCUCUCGCAUUGCUGCGUGAAGAUGUUUGGUUUGUAGAUUACAGGAAAUGAAAUCUUAUCCUUCCUUUCAUAUGUUUUGAUUCAUGAAACCGCAGAAGUGGCACAGCCUUCAUGAGCAUCACUGCUACGUCAAAAUGUGCCCUUUUAAACUGACGUCACAUGAUUUUUUUUUUGUUUAAAUUGUUUAGUACCAAAUGUUCGAUUUUGUAAUAGCUAUUGUCUAAAGCAACUAGAAAUGAGGCCUUAAACCACUACUGCUUAAUAACAGGAUGAGUUGGUAGAAUAUUACACUACAAAUUAUGUCCUUUUAUGAAAAGGACAUAAGUAUUUGUUUAUACCUUUUUCAGUAUAAUUCACAGAGCAAAAUGUCAUCUCAUGUCUGUGGAUCUUUGUUUCUUUUGCUGUCCUGUUUAUGUAUUUUUCCCCCCACCCAACUCUACAUGCAUCGUCUGAUCCGAGAGAAAGAGACACUUGUGAAAUAGCAAGGUAUGGACUGUAUUUUGUUACUUUUUGGGAUUUAUACAGGAACAGCAAAAAGUAGUUCCUCAGUGGUUUUGGUUCUUUUAAUUUAUGAGGUUCUAUCAUGGCUAAUAUUAAUAUAUGAGUCUAAAUGAUAUAUUGAUUAUUUUAUACAACAUUAUUGCUGUUACAGUAUGAAAUAUUCUUUUAAUGUUAAUAUUUCUAAACAUUUCUUCCAUGAUUGAGGGAAAAUGACUAUGAAACUUCUUUUGUAUAUCAUAUAUUUUUUUAAAUAGUCAGGCCUUGUUUGGUCUGCAUUAGAAACUGUUGCUUUGGAAGAAAUAAAAGCUAAAACCCAGUAAUUCUUGCAAAGCCAUUAACUAGUAUCUACUGUGAGCUUUUUUUCAUCUAGUUCCUCAAUCAGGGAAGAAUAUUAAAGCAUACCACGUGCAAGUGCCGAAAUGAAAACUGCCAAAUCUAAAGGUCACUCACAACUUUUCCAUUUAUGCUUUCAGUGUUAUUUUCCUCUUGUAUCCAGUUGUCUUCCAGAGUGUUCGAAUCAGAGGACCUGAUUGGUUCAUUUCAAGACUAACCAUGUUGAGUUUUAUCAUUUCUGUCACACAGGUUAGUUAGUUUGCCUGUCACCUGUGCCACUGUGCUUACAUUGAACAGAAACUAGUGUAUUAGAUCACUGUUAUCUUUGUCCGUUUUGUCUGUAGAAAAAAAGAAGAGGUGAGAAUUGAUGUCUGUUUUCUCAAGCGUUUCAAUGGUUUGUUUGACAUUUGGGACAUUACCAGCCUUUGCCAAAUGGCUACCAGCUGUUCUGGUUUUGAGUGCAUGCUCUCUAGCAGAUUUGAACUGUAUUGGUGCUGUCUAACUCUUAAAGGGCCAGUGUAUCUGUUGCUUUUGGAAUGGAUCACUAAACAUUGUAAUAGAAUCAAAAAGUGUCAAGUUUUUCAUUUAUUUUUGUCUUUUACGGUGCUAAAUUAAAACCAUCAAGGAAG